UUCUGCAAAGCAUCAACAAUGAAAAUUCAUGUUUUUUUAUUGUUUAUCUGUUCGUUUGCCACCAAAGUCAUUUGGUGUGACACUGAAGCAAAGAUGAAAAUCUUGGGAAGUCUAACUGCCACUGGUACAAUGAAAAACUUUGCGAAGGACACCAGCAAAACAGUCAAACUUGCCACCGAAAUUAAGAAUAUGCUGAACGGUAUGUGUGUGAAUAGCAAAGAUCAUAACAGCUAUAAGAAGAUUGAUGAAAAGGUCCAGAAUAUCUCUAUAGACAUGAAUGUGAUCAAAGAAAAACUUGACAAAAUACAGAACAUAGUCAGUAACAUUAAAUGCAAUCCACAUGAGGAAGGAGGAUGGACUGUUAUUCAAAAACGGUAUGAUGGUAGUGUUGAAUUCCACAGAAAUUGGAAAGAUUAUGAAAAUGGAUUUGGAGACAAACAUGGAGAGUUCUGGUUAGGCAACAAGAAUAUAGCACAACUAACAUCAGAGGGAAAUCAUGAACUUAGGAUCGAUGUGGAGGAUUGGGAUGGCAAAAACCGUUAUGCAGUUUAUAGAAACUUCUCAAUAGGCGACGCAUCUACAAAAUACAGAUUGAACAUCGGCAAAUACUCAGGAAACGCAGGUGACGGAAUGAGCUAUUUUAAUGGGAUGAAGUUCUCAACAUAUGAUCAAGAUAACGACAAAGUUAGUAGUUUGAACUGUGCUGAUCAUUCCUCCUUAAAAGGUGGGUGGUGGUACAAUAACUGCUGGAUAAGAACUAGCGCCAUGCUAAAUGGACAUUACACCCGUAGAAAUAGUUCUAUACAGGGUAUUAGAUAUCGAACGCUUGGAGAACUUACUCAGAAAAAAUCUACAAUGAAGAUUCGAAAAGUGUAAUUACAAGUCUUACCAUUAAUAAAUG